CCAGGAGGCUCCGUGCGCUCCGCGAAGUUGGAUUCAACGCGCCCUGAGGGAGAAUUGCGCACCGUCUGGAUUCAUGUGGCACCUCGACCCUCUCGGUUCUCUUGUCUGCGGCGCCGGGGGGACUUUGAUUCAUCACUCUGUGCUGCAGCACAGCCCCGUUUAGCUUCUUUUUUCUUUCUUGAGGAAAAGGGGGAAAUGUGUUUACUCGUAGUUUAGUUGGGAAAGGCUUCAUCAAGUAUAUACCUGCGGAUCUGCUGCUGCUGCUGCUGCAUUUGGAGUUUCACCAGCAAGCGGGACCCUGCUGCAGAGAACCUGACACAUUAAGGGAUCUGUUGCAGAAGUGAACAAUGCUCAGACUAGAGACCAUCCUGUGCACUUUCUCUGUGCUCUAUGUUGCGGCGAGGGCAGAUUUUAAAGCGCGGAAUUGCAGCGAGGUGAGGGAGGCGUGCAUCGGGAAAGGCUUCAGCUUCGCACAUGUUCCUCUCCAGGAGAUCCCAGGUGAGCAUCUUCGUGUAUGUCCUCAAGGAAACACAUGUUGCACCCAGGAAAUGGAGGACACAUUUGGACAACAGAGUAAACAGGACUUUGAAAAUCUGGUUGAUGAAAUGAGUCAUGAAUUGAGGAGCACCUUUGUUUCCAGACACAAGAGAUUUGACGAAUUCUUCCUGGAGCUCCUGGAGAACACAGAGAGGUCCCUGAACGAGAUGUUUGUGAGGACUUAUGGCAAACCAUACAUGCAGAACUCAGAGGUCUUUGAGAACCUGUUUGCUGAGCUGAAACGCUAUUACACCGGGGGGAACGUUAACCUGGAGGAAAUGCUUAAUGACUUUUGGUCACGGCUACUGGAGCGUAUGUUCACGCUGCUCAACUCCCAGUAUGUCAUCACCGAGGACUAUCUGGAGUGUAUCAGUAAGUACACCGACCAGCUCAAGCCCUUUGGAGACGUGCCCAGGAAGCUCAAGGCUCAGGUUACGCGGGCAUUCAUCGCUGCUCGCACAUUCGUCCAGGGGCUCUCUGUCGGCCGAGAGGUGGCACAGAGAGUGUCAAAGGUCAGCAGCACUCCAGCUUGUAUGCGAGCGCUGACAAAGAUGCUUUACUGCCCUUUUUGUCAGGGUAUGCCAGCAGUUAAACCCUGUAAGAACUACUGCCUGAAUGUCAUGAAGGGCUGCCUGGCCAAUCAGGCGGACCUGGAUCCAGAGUGGAACCAGUACAUUGAUGCCAUGCUGCUGGUGGCGCAGAGGCUGGAGGGACCUUUCAACAUUGAAUCUGUCAUGGAGCCUAUUGAUGUCAAGAUUUCCGAGGCCAUCAUGAAUAUGCAAGAUAACAGUGCCCAGGUCUCCUACAGGGUUUUUCAAGGUUGUGGCCAGCCAAAGCCCGCAGGAAUGACUAGGUCUACCCGUGGUGUUUCGGAUGUGUUCAACGCCCGCUUCAGGCCGUACAGCCCAGAGGAGCGGCCUACCACUGCAGCUGGCACAAGCCUAGACAGACUGAGGAUUGUUUGGAAUGCGAUGCAACACAGUGUGGUUGACAUAAAAGAGAAGCUGAAGCUGUCCAAGAAAUUUUGGUCCAACCUGCCAGAGGCGAUGUGCGUGGAGGACAGAGUGACCGCCGGAAAUGCCAGUGAUGAGGAGUGCUGGAAUGGACACGCCAAGGGCAGGUAUUUCCCUGAAGUCCAAAAGGACGGACUGACCAACCAGGUGAAUAACCCCGAGGUGGUUGUGGACAUCACCCGCCCAGACACCUUCAUCCGCCAGCAGAUCAUGGCUCUGAGGGUGAUGACCAACAAACUGAGAAACGCCUACAACGGCAAUGAUAUCUAUUUUCAAGACUCCAGUGAUGAGGGCAGUGGCUCAGGCAGUGGCAGCGGCUGCACAGAAGUCUGCCCCACAGACAUGGACGUUGUCGCCACCGAAGCCCCAGUGGUGGAAGCCGACCGAAGCGGGCCCGUGGGUGACUCUGCCCCGCUCCAUGCACCCUCUGUAGCCCUGCCAACCAUGCUGGCCCUGUCAGCUCUGGCACUCCACCGACAAUGGAGAUAAUGCUGGAGGAACGGGCCAAACAUGAACAGCAGGGUCUUUUUUUUUUGCAGUUUUUUUUUUUUGCAGUUUUUUUGUAUUCAGGCAGAUUGGAGCUACGGUCAAGCAGACAGUAUUCAGGCUGCCAGCCCCAAGGCUAGAGGAGUCUGCUCUGAAAACCAGAGCAGUCAUGCAUCAUGAUUUCCCACUUUCCCAAAGAUCAUGCAGUGCCAUCCUUAGACUUGAUUUCAUGGCAUCACUUCACCAUCUAACACCGAUGCUGCCCCAACUCAACAAACUCUGCUUCAGAGAUUUAAAAAAAAGGUGUUUCUUGCACAUAUGGCAGGUAUUAAGUAGGUAAUGUGGAAAAAUGUAACACGCACUUUUGAUUGUUUUGAUUUUUUUAAAUGCAAAAACUGUUUGUGUGUUGAAAAGUUAUGAGAAUGUGGUUAUGUGAUGCACCUAAAAGAGGCACAAUAAGUUUCAUAUGUUUAAUAUACAACAAAAACAAAGGGUUUAUCCAAAUGGCGUAAAAUUCAGGAACAUGUGGUUUCUACCUAAAUUUUGAACUCAAUCUUUGUUCCACUGUCAUUAGCUCAUGUGCCAAUUUAUUUUUAUGAGAGGAGUCAUGUUUUCAUGUUGCUUCAUCUUGUGAUUUACAAUAACCUUAUGACAUUUGGCAAGAUGUGUAGGUUCAAGUAGUCAUGGGUUGAUCAUGCGUCUGCUCUGCUCUCAGCAAUCCAUGACACUGUUCAACAACCGCCUCGUGCUACAUCUCAUGUUAUGUUAAAAGGGAAACAACUGACAUUUAUGUACUCAUUAGCCUUGCAACAGAUUUAUUAUCUGCAAAAUAUGUUCAUGUUAUGCUGGUUUGUCAGGCUCGGCUUCAGGGGUAAGUUAUUGUCACACAGAGAAGUGAUGCAUUACAUGAGUGGGCAAAACCACUUCAAACCCUUACUAAUGUACUUCUUAUGAUUAUAAUGAUUUUUUUUAUUAGUAGGGGUUUAUGUCUUCUUUGAGUCGCUGUCUACACAGUGUGCUUUCACCUAACCACUGUAAAGAAUGAGUGACCUGCAUGCACAGCAACUUAGUGAGGAACUACACAUAUCAAUUGUUUUUUUUAAAUCUUUAAAUAGUGCUUAAAAUAAUUUUAUAAUGCCUUAUAAAGGAAAUCCCACAAAGGAAAGGAAAUCCAUAAAUUCAAAACAAUCUCUGUCAUUUACAGUAAUUUAGGCCUGAAUGUUUUGAUGUGUGAAAUAUUUGAUAAAUACUAGAAUUACAAACACAGUGUGUCAACCACUUGUCCAUAUGUGAUUUAAUAGCCAAAGCUUAUUCUGUAACACUGUUUAACAGUUUGGAUUUGGUCAUUAUUAAAUUGUGCAUCUUAGCAAAGCAAAACUUUGUCACACAGUUUUAAAAGUCAAGUUGUGAAAUCAAACAAUUUUCAAAAUAAAAAUAUUAUUUCCACAGUUAUGCAAAAGAAGAGGGAAUUAUUAGCAGCAGAAGUGGCAAACAGCAUACAGUGGGCACUAGAAAUGCAAAGAAAGGGUCCCUAAAUUUAUCUGCAAAGCUUGAAUGGUUAUGUCUGCAGCACAGACAGGCUUGAAGCCGACCACAGUCACCUGUGAAAUGAGAAUAUGUGGAGACCGGACAGGGCUGAAUGCUCCGCUGAAGCUCCUCAGUAGAGCGUACUUACAGAGAAUGUGAGAGGCCUGGCACUGCUGAGGGGGGCGGACAAAACCAGCCUGUAUGUACGUCCACUGUUCUCUGAGAGCCCGUCAGCUCCAUCACCACCGGGCCAGCUAAGCUCACAUAUCCUGCCUAUAGCCCUUGUUAUACCCUCAGCAGUAUAUCCAUGAAUAUUUGUCAAGCUUUUAUUUUUGUUGCAUUUACGUCAGCAUUUGCAUCCACAUUGCAAGAACAAAAAAA